AUGCGUUUCUCAACCUUAGCUCUGGCAGCCUUCGCCGCCACUCCAGCUUCAGCAGAAACACUUUACAGUGUCCUUGUCUUCACCAGACAUGGCGACCGCACCGCCAAAUUCUACAAAGGCUACCACAUGACCAAUUUGGGAGCCACACAGAUCUACGACUCAGGAACAUACCAUCGACAACGCUAUGUGGAAGAAGGAGCCUCCCAUCAGAUCUUGAAUAUCUCGGCCGACGCCGCGGUGACCAGUCAACUAUGGGCGUCGGCACCAGAUCAAGGCAUUCUAUUCCAAACAGCAACCAACUUCCUGCAAGGCUUGUAUCCACCGCUGAACACGCUGAAUACGCAACUCGCAACGGAAACCCUGACCAACGGGACGGACACCACUGACCCCCUGAACGGAUACCAAUUCAUCCUAAUCCACGGUGAGGACACCAUGACUCCGGACACGAUCUGGAUCAAGGGUGACGACCAAUGCCCCACCUACGACGAGGCAUACGAUUCAUACGCCGACAGUGCCGAAUACAAAUUGACCUUCGACGAAACGGCACCCUUCUACUCGAGAUUCGUCCCCUUGCUAGGCGACAUCAUGGGGCCAGAGAACGUCACGUACGCGCACGCCUACGACGUCUUCGACCUUCUCAACGUCGGCUCAAUCCAUAAUGCCAGCGUUGCCGAAGUUCUGUCCCCUUCCGACCUCGACCAGUUGAGGUAUCUAGCCGACCAAUGGGAAUGGAACCACAACUUCAACGCGACCCAGCCAGACCGCAGUAUCGGCGGCAUGACGCUCGCAGGCGGUAUCUUACGCCAACUCGCCGACGUCGUCGACAGCCAGGCACAAGUCAAAUUCUCCCUGAUGGCAGGCAGCUACGAUACGCAGAUGGCGUUCUACGGCCUAACGAAUCUGACAACUGCGAGUGAUGAUUUCUAUGGCCUACCCAAUUAUGCCAGCAGCAUUGCGUUUGAGCUGUUCAGCGAGGAAGACGACAGAAUCGCGUUCCCGGAAAAUCCCGAAUUGGACCUACGUGUGCGCUUCCUCUUCAAGAACGGCACCGAAGACGCAGAGUUGACGGCGUUUCCUCUCUUCGGACGCGAGGAGCUGACCAUGUCUUACGGGGACUUUGUCAAUGAACUAGGAAAUCGUGCCAUCAUCGAAGUCGACGAAUGGUGCAUUCGAUGCGAGUCUGAUGCCGAGUUCUGCUAUGCCGCACGACAUGGUGAUGACACCGGCGGCGAUAGCAGCACUACAAGUCCAUCUUCGACCGAAGACGACAGCGAUUCCGGCCUCUCCAAUGCAGCGGCCGGCGGAAUCGGCGCAGGCGUAACUCUCGGCGUCGUGGCCAACGUCGUUGCAUUGGCCUGGCUUCUGUCCCGACGCAAGAAGACGGCUCAUCAAACUCUUCCCGUCGUAGCACCAGUACCGGUGUCUGAGAAGAAGACCAGCUCGACUAGCAGCAAGUCUGACGUGUCCGUUUAG